AUGGAGAACUCAAACUCGGAAGGCGUCGUCCUACCGGACAUUUCCGAAGCCGAACAUCUUGCGAGCGAGCACGAUGGCGGCGAUGAUGAGGAUGAUGAUGUGGUGGAUUCGAAGAAAUCGCUCGUUUCGGCGGUUUCCGUAAGACACGGAGGUGUCCCUGUAUCUCUUCCGGUGGGAUCAUUGAUAACCAGCACAUUCAAUGUCAUCACCCAAGAUCAAAUUCCCCAUUUCAAGCCCAUGUUAUGCGUGGACAACGGGGGCUACAUAGCUACAGAUGGCUCAGGAAACGAGCUCAAGACCAUCGUCAUUCAACAGGAGGAUGUACAGGGCGGAUCUGUGAACACUCCCGUUUCGACCCCUUCGAUUGUGGGGAGCUGGAAUGAUGCAGCUCAUGCAGCCGUUUUGCCUGUCCGGUGCAAAAACACCUCUGCAGAAUUGCACAAAUGUAGAUUUGGGUCAGGCGGCAGGGGGCGGUGCAUUAAACUGGGAAAUUCAUGGUACACUCCCAGUGAAUUCGAAGCACUGUGUGGUAGGGCUUCCAGUAAAGACUGGAAAAGGAGCAUCAGAUUUGGUGGAAGGAGUCUACAAACAUUGAUAGAUGAAGGAAUAAUUUUACCUCAUGCCACUAGCUGUACUUGUUCAGCUUGUUGUGAUGAUGAUUCAGCUACUGGCCCAGUGAGACUUUUCACUCCAUAUAAGAGGAAAAGAAGAAAAGAAAAUGAUUCUGGCAAGCGUUCCAAUGGUGAUGACAGUGACCCACAGAGCAAAGAGGAUGCUUGGCAAAACUUGGCUGAAGGUCUGGAUUCUUCAGACUACCAACUGAUUGAACCUGUGGGACCUGUAGACCCUCAUUUUCAAAUCAAAAGGUUGGAAGAUAUUGCAAUGGAGAUAAACAAGCUGGCCCAGGAGUUCAGAAGGGGGCUGACUGAGCUCAAAGAUACUGUGAGCAGGCAGACUGAUAAGUUUCAAAGGGAAAAAGAUGCUGCUGUUUUGGCUGCUAGGGUUGAGGCCCAAGUGGCAGCUCUUCAGCCUGAAAAUCACUCUGAUUCUACUCUGCAGCCUGCUCUGGACAAUGAUAAUCAGAAGAAGUGUGCGAACUGUAAUAGAGAAGCCUUGGCUGAAUGUUCAUUGUGUAGAAGAACCCCUUAUUGUUCCACUUUUUGUCAGAGAAAAGAUUGGGCUUCCCAUCAGGUGGAAUGUGUACGGGGUGUUGCAGCUGAUACAGGCUCUCAGCAAUCCAUAAUGCUGAUUGUUGAAAGUGCUGAUCAACAGUAG